AUGCCUGCUUUUACGUUUGUCACGACGUCCCUCACCGAACUCGUAGCUAUCCGAGCUCGUGAUCAGCCUAAUGAUGUCGCCAUCUACACUGGAAUAGACGAGCCAGGACCCCUUCUGAGACCAUUGACCUACUUGCAGGUCCAACGUGCAGUGGAUCGACUGUGCGCUCACUACGCUACUGUCGGGCUGCUACCACCUCUCGGAGAGAAUGGAUUGCCUCCACCGCGAACGAUUGCAGUUCUGACGUCUACCGCGAUUGAUGAAACGCUCCUGGAGAUUGCCCUUGCGAAGCUGGGGCUCAGCCCGCUGCUGCUCUCCGUCAAUAAUUCGGUUCCAGCAGUCGCUCACCUAUGCAAGAUUACACAAUCAACGCACCUCAUAUACGGGUCGAAGUUUGUAAAUGAAGCACGUGAGGCGCAGAAGGUAUUGGUUGAGAAGGGUUAUAACGUGAAAAUCGUACCGGAUAAACGAUUCCCUCUGUGGGGACCAGAUGGCGUGGUGAAGGCCAGCAUCAAGCCGUUUCCCGCGGUGCUGCAACCAAGAGACGAGACGGAUCGAGUUGCAGUAAUUCUGCAUUCAUCUGGAUCAACUGGUUUUCCCAAGCCCGUCUAUGUCACGCAUCUAGCGAUGAUAGCAAAUGUCGCUGGCUUCGUGGGGAAGACCGGGUUCAGUGCUCUUCCCGUCUUCCACGGCUUUGGUCAUUACAGCGUAUUCCGUUGCUAUUAUUCCGGUGUUCCAUUCGUUCUCAUGCCGCCUUAUUUGCCAUUGACAUCCACGAAUAUAUGCAAGGUCAUAAAGGCAAUCCCAGUUCCAUGUCCGCUUUUCUUUGCUGUUCCCUACGUCAUUAAGCUUCUUGGAGAGACAGAAGAAGGAGUGAAUGCUCUUGCGGCCUUCGAAAGCAUCACCUUUUCCGGCGCUCCCGUGCCCGACGACUUGGGCGAUCGACUGACCGCAGCUGGAGCCAAUCUCAACGCUAUAUAUGGCACGACUGAGACAGGCUCUCUAAUCAGAUCGACACGCGAUUUCAAGAAUGACAAAGCAUGGAACUGGUUGAGGCUUCAGGGGCCUCUGGCGGAUUACUUGGUGAUGGAGGACCGCGGUUCAAACACGUUCGAGUCCGUUGUCAAAGAUGGCUGGCCUGCGAAGAUCCAAUCGAACCGCCCUGACGGGUCGUACGCAACGAAGGAUCUCUUCUUGCGGCAUCCUGUGCACUCUAACUGGUACAAGUACAUUGGGCGGCUGGACGACACGCUGGUACAGGUGCUGGGCGAAAAGACGAAUCCAGUACCAAUCGAGCUCGCCAUCCGUGGCAACAGUCGUUAUGUGGGGGAGGCGAUCGUCUUUGGGGAAGGCAGGCCGCAGGUUGGGUGUCUGAUACUUCCCUCAGAGCUCGGUAAAGACUUGGCGAAGGAUCACGAGGCAUUCAUGGAGAAGGUUUGGUCCGUCAUCGAGGACGCAAAUGCGCAGGCUCCGACACAUUCAAGGAUCCUACCAGAGAUGGUAUAUAUCUUGGACUACGGAACGACAAUUCCCCAAGCCACGAAAAUGUCUAUUCUCCGGCCAGCGUGCUACGCGAAGUUUAAAGACAUUAUAGACUCAGUAUAUGACCGCUUUGAGAACGACUCCCGUGCGACCAAGCUUGAUCUCAGCGACUCUGAGCUGGAGGACUUCAUCUUAAAUGCUAUCGCUCAAACGCUCGGAGCGUUGAGGGCGGCCAAUCUAACGAAGACAACUGAUCUCUUCGCGUUCGGCGUUGACUCCCUCCAAGCCACACGGAUCCGUAACAUUUGCCAGAAAGAGUUGGAGCUAAAUGGUCGGACGCUUGGACAGAACGUGGUAUACGAGAACCCAUCAGUUGAGAAGCUUGCUCAGCACAUAAUCGCCGUACGGUUUGACGGAGAUACAGCCAAGUCCGAUGAGGAUCAACAUUCAACAAUGCUCGCUAUGAUCGAGAGAUGGAGCGCGAGAUUUGAGCUAUCGCAGAAAGCAUCUCAGAGUGGCCAAGAGACAGUAUCCAGCCAGCAGACCAUCGUGUUGACAGGAGCAACAGGUUCCCUCGGCGCGCAUAUACUCCAGCAGCUCGUCUCACUGCCAUCGAUAUCGCGUGUCAUCUGCUUCUCUCGAGCAAAGUCACAUGCCGAUUCUCUCGCUCGCCUGCAGGAAUCUCUCGCUAUUCGUCGGUUGACUCUGUCGCCGGAGGAAUGGACGAAAGUCGAAUCAUUUGCCGCGAAUGUGAAUGAGGACAGACUUGGGCUUUCGUCUGACGUAUAUUUGAACCUGCUAUCCGAGGUUACGACUGUGAUACACAAUGCCUGGCCGGUGAACUUCAAUAUGAGCGUCGACUCGUAUGAUGAGCACAUCGGAGGCGCGCUCAACUUGAUCAAUCUGUGUCUACGGUCGACGAGGCCCCGGAGACCAUCUUUCCUUUUCAGCUCGUCCAUCGCUGCUCGGUCGGGGUCCACAGACCCCGUUUGCAACGAAGAUUUUCCGUCAUCGCCUGUCACAGCGCUCGGUACCGGAUACGGGAGGAGCAAAUGGGUUGUAGAGAAGCUAUGCGAGCGCGCGGCGCAGGAUACAUCGAUCAGCAUAGGCGUACUCAGAAUUGGUCAACUGGUCGGCGAUACUGAGAAUGGUGUCUGGAAUGAGACCGAAGCAUGGCCGCUCAUGUUCAAAUCGGCGAAGGCAACAGGAGUGUUGCCUCGGCUAGACGAUAAGCCGCAAUGGCUGCCUGUGGACACUGCAGGUCGUGCAAUCGCGGAAAUCGUGACGCAGGUUGAACGGCCCAAGGCGGCUGUAUACCAUAUCGUCAAUCCUAACACGACAGCCAGCUGGGAUACGGUCUUGACAGGUUUGAAGCAAGCCGGCGUAGAGUUUGAAGCAGUGAAUGGCACUGAGUGGCUCGACCGACUGGAGCAGUCAGAUGCAGACGGCGAGCGUAACCCAGCCAUCAAGCUUUUGCCAUAUUACCGCAACCGCUUCGGUAGUGCGAGCAAACGGGAGCCUAUAAAGUUCAGCGUGGACAAGACGAGCAAAGUCGCACCGAGUAUAGCUAAUGCUCCUCUCCUCUCAGAGGAACUCGUCGGCAAGUGGGUGAAGCAUUGGCGCGCUGUAGGGUUUUUAGAUUGA